UUCUCGUUUGCAAUUAUUUUCUGGAUCCGAUUUUUUAUACCUACGUUUAAAAAAAAGUCAAAAUUUGCCGCCAUGGGCCGCGGCCCAUGUGGCCACCCCUAAAUCCGGCCCUGAUUCUAGACGUUUAGUUUGUUGUCAGUAAAGGGAAUAGUACGAUACACAAAGCACUUGGGCAGGAUUGAAAUGGGAUUGAAAGAAAAAGACGCUGCUCAAAAGCUGCAUUUCUAUGGUAACGGUUUUAUCGCAUAAGCUGCGUCAUGAGGAGGCAAACUUUAACAGGAUCAGAAAAAUUCAUCAGCAGUGGAAUUAAGUUCGGAUGAGAAGAACUACAAUAAAAAAAACUAUAAACGUCCUAGCAAAGAAAAUGUUUAGAAUGUUAUUUAUUUCAUCCUCUCAUUUAUAUUUGAAAGCGUUAAAAGGGUUAUUAUCAAAUAGUUAGAAUUAAAUUCUGAGAAUCUCGUCGGCCAUGUUAUGUUGAGUUGAUGACCCAUUUAUUCGCUUGAGUGCUCGACCAUAGAAAAACUCGAGUGGCAAGACGAAAACAAGAAGCGCCUACCUAUGCGGCUCAGCGCAUAAAAUAAAUUAAAAGAGGAAAGCGUUGCGUUGUAAAAUUUUUACAAAUUGACGGGCUGGGAAAAAAGACUUUAUUCUAAACACGUUUUUUGAAACGUUAUAUCCUGAAUUUAAAUGUUUCAAAAUCAUCAGCUAGCACGGAUUGCAUUGAUCUUGUGAAGCUUGUGAACGCGCAUUCACUGUUCCCUGAUUUUUAUUCAACUUUGAACGGAUUAUUUGAAUACUUGUGUCCAGUUAUAAAACUUAUGUACCUUUUAGCUAAAUUUACGAUGAUAAUAUUGAGGGCACUUAUGAUGCUUUAGAAAACUUAGAACAAAAGCAUAAACCUGAAUGUGAUAAUAUAGCUAUAUUCUUGCGGCGCGCUCUUCCAACAUUCGGUGUUGGAGUUCCCUGUUUAUUGUUCCUUCUUAUUUCUUUUUGCUUUUCUUUUUUGAUCAAAAAAAUUCUGACUAACUGACAAUGAGUGCCGUUAAAUAUGGACUUCCGUCUUGUUACUAAUGUUGAUAUGUUAUGUAAGGGCUCCUUUACUUUUAUCACAUUUCUAAAAGCCACAGUGAAAUAGACAGGUACAAUGUUUAAAACUCUACUCCCAUUCCUCUUUCAAAUCUGACAAAAUUAUUCAUUUGAUUGUAGAACAUUAGUCUUUGUUUGUAUUCCACAUUCUUGUUUGUUUCUAGUUAGAGAAAUAAAUAUUCAAAGUGCUUCUAAUAUGCUGAUCAUGCAGUGAACAACCAAAAAUAGAUUUUAAGAUACAUCUCUGCUUACUCAAGUCCUGUAAGGUAAAAUGUUAUUGGAGGAAAUGAUUUAUCAGCGUCACAAAAUACCUUUCCUAGAAUACACUUUAAUCGCUUUUCUGAACGUUUUGGUGCCAAUUCUCAAUCGAGUUGGAGCGAACGAUGUCGCAUUAGCAUCAGAAGACGUUCGAAAAAAAUUUGAGGACGCCAAAAUUGUUCCCGAAUUGAUUCCUGUAGCUCCAAAAUAUGCAUUAGAGGUUCUUUAUAAAAACAACACUGUCAAAUUCGGGAAUGAGUUCCAUCGGGGGGACUUUGAAACCGCGCCCACAAAUCUGCAAUGGCCGACUGAGAAGGGUCAAUACUACACACUGAUUUUCACAGAUCCAGACUGUUCCAAUUCAGAUCGCCCCGUGCCAAUUGAUAAAGAAUGGCACCAUUGGUUGGUAGUCAAUAUUCCUGGAUGUGAAGUCUAUAAAGGGGAGGUUCUCUCGGCGUAUUUUGGUGGGCUACCUUUUUACUUACAAUAUCCACAUAGGUACGUCUUUUUAGCAUAUAUACAGCCUGAUGCAGCACCCAUUGUUUUUGACGAGCCUCGGCUUGACGACAUGCCUAUCGAGGAUAGACGAUACAAUUUUUCAACGAGGAACUUUACAAAAAAGUACGACCUCGGCAAUCCCAUCGCGGGGAACUUCUUCGUCGCUGGAGGCCCGGCGCCGACACCAGAGUUGCCGUUGGUCCUACAACGAAUGUUAACGACGACAAAGAAACGGCCACGAUUCAACGCAACGACACGACGUACACCGAAAAAGUAGACCUCAAUGCGACUGUGAGACGUAGAAUAGGAGAAAUUAAGACGCUGUGUCGUCAAGUCAAAUUCUGACCAGAUUCAUACUUACUUGUCAUAAGCCAAGACAUUAAGACAUUAAGGUGAUUCGAUGAACGUCAUAUUUUGUGUCAGAACGGCAUGCGAUAUAUCGCAUCAAUUGGUUCCAUUUUUUCAGCUACUCGUCAUUUUUCUCCAAUUUUGAGAUCGCAAUUCUGUUGU